UUGAAAACGAGCACUUGGUGUCGAAUCUGUUUAAGAUAGUAGAUCUAGAGAUCUAAUAAUUAAAUCUAGAUAGAUCUAUGAUUUAAGAGUCCAAAUCUUACGUUAAAUUGGUUUCAAUCGAACAGUAUUAGAUCUACCGGUACUAUUAACUGGUUUAAAAAACACAAAAUGAGUUUACUUACAAGACUUAUGUUCAAUUCGCCAGUAAAACUUUGCCAUUUAAACCCAGAGAUUUUGUCAGUACCUUAUAUCUUCAAAUACCAGAAUGUCUCCACAUUAUCGUUUUCAAGAACAAGAGCCUCCUGUUGUUGCUAUGUAGGCAACAACCAUUGGAAGACAAAAAGUGGUUUGCAGGUGAAUGCAAAGUAUCUUAGAGCCAGACAAAUUCAAUAUUUCAGUAGCUCCUCUGUAGAGAAAGAAGAUCUUGGAGAAUUGGUUUAUCAAGGAAGAAUAGGGAGUAUGUUUAGAGCCUUGAAAAUAUUUUCCUUGUCAACCAGUGCUAUUGGACUCUGCCUUCAGCCUUAUUUACUAAUGACAUAUCAAGAUACACCUUUAAAACUGGCAAUUCCCAUGUUUGCAGUGCUUAAUGUUUUUGUUUUUGUCAACCCUAUUUUAAUUCAUUUCAUUGCCAAGAAAUAUGUCUUAGAAAUGUACUUUAAUACCCAAACCAAAGUCUUCACUGCCAUUUUGUUGACUUUUUUUGCUAGAAAAGAAAAGAUAUCUUUCACAGCUGAUGAUGUUGAUUGUCCAGAUGUGCCAAAUAUGUUUGCGAUGUUUACAGCCAAAGGUAGACCACUCUUCGCUCAUGAGGCAGAUUUCACAAGUUUAGAAGUUUACAAACAUCUCAUGGGCUUUGAUGUUCCACUGGAUUUGACCAAAGAAACCAAGAAUCAUUAAGUUAUUGCUAAUGUGUUUAUAAUUCAAAAUUGGAUUUAUUUAUGUAUGGCAUAAUUCUAUUGUUUCUUUUUUUCAUGUAGUUAACAUUGUUUAAUCAACAUUUAUAAGUAAGUAAUAAAACAAGUAAACAAAGUGAAA